AUGCAAAUUAUUUUAACAGAGUUUGUGGAAGUUCCAGUGUUAGCAGCUUCUGAAACUCACAUUCCCUCUAACUCUAGUAUCAAAGGGAAAGAUCAAGAGAUCAUAGGGGAAGGAAGUCAGAAUAAAUGUGAAGGAUCUUCAGUCACUCAUGAUGUUGCUACACCUAGUAACAGGGGAACAUGGAAGAGAACUCAGUCAGCUUCAAGGAGAUUGAACAAAAAAGACAAAGAACAGAAGGCUGAGAAGGGUGGAAAUGUAAGGGCAUGGGAUGAUGGAUUGGGUUUGGGUGAUAUUUUGGGUGUUAGAAGGGAUCAAUGGGGCUUUUUGAUAGAUAGGCAAAGGGAAUGGGAAAUAAUUGGGUGUUGGCUGGGGACUGGAAUGAUAUCACUUGCAAUGAAGAAAAGAUGA